AGAUCGUAAAAAAGAAGCUAUUGUCAGUUGACAUUACUCUGAAUCUUUUCACUUGAUAUCAUCGUGAAUAUAGCCCAGUUUUGAUGCUAAUCCGUUGGUGCAGAAGUUGUAACAGGCAUGGAACCACAGUCAUUAAAAUGGGUUUCAUUGUUCCUCUCUCGUUGAAGAGAAUCGAUCGCCAGGAGUACAAUGUUCGCAGAGUGAGCUUCAUAAUGAUACAACAAAUCUUAUUGACUUUGUUACUUGAGCCCUAUUGUAGAAUGUACUGGAAAUCUAACACGUGUGACAGCUAAAAGACUGCAUGAACAACGAUACAGUGGAGCUAAUAAAGGAAAGUGAAGACGUGGAGUUAAAUCUGACCUCCCUUAAGAUCAAUACUAAACCCCUUCUUUCAGCUGAGCAUCGUUAGAAGCUGUCAGAGCAUCGAUUAUCUGCGAAAAAGAGGGUUUCAAACAUUUGAUUCCUCCUCCCCCUGAAAGUAAUACCUGUUUCGAAUCUGGCUCUACAAAAUCACUGGCUUUCGUUGUAAACCUUGCGUGUAUUAUUUACAAAGCAGCUUAUCUCUUCAAUACUGAGGUUUUUGCUUCUUGGAGGAUUAGAUGGAAUUGGUUUCCAUUUCGCCAACAAAGUUACAGCACGAGCGAAACCAUAUGUAUAUGGAUGGAUUGUGUUAUAUUUCUCUUAUUUCAAAUCGUCCAUUUCAAUAUUUAACAGGACUCUGAACUUUGAGAACAGUCUGAGCUGGUGCCUGUUUCAAGGAAUAAAGGAAAUUUAAGAAAUGAUGAAAAGGAAUUUAAAGAAGACAAAAGGCUAACGAAAAAAGAAAAUGAGAGCCAUGGUUUACCAAAUAAUGCUGAAGUUAUGUACUUCAUUUGUUUUGCUAAAAGGUGCUUCGUCGGUUCUAGUACCAGAUGAACAACGACUUUACGAAGAUCUAAUGCUCGGGUAUGAGAAGAGUGUGCGUCCAGUGAUUAACGCCACAAAAAUACUCAGUGUCACAUUCAGCCUUAAACUUAACCAAAUCAUCGACCUGGACGAAAGACACCAAGUUCUCACGACAAACGUCUUCAUUGAUCAGGCUUGGAGAGAUGAAAAUUUGCGAUGGGAUCCGGCCAAUUACAGCCAAAUCCGAUCAAUUCGUGUUCCGUCGAAAAGAGUGUGGCUUCCAGAUACCUUCAUAUACAACAAUGCUGAUGAUGGAUCUACAGGUUUCAUGCAGGGAACAUACGUCCUCCUUAAUUAUGACGGCAUUGUGGUGUGGCCAGUUCCAGUCAAGUUAAAAAGCUCCUGCAAAGUGGAUAUUACCUAUUUUCCUUUCGAUGAUCAGGAAUGUAUUUUAAGGUUUGGUUCUUGGAUAUACAGUGGAUCCUGGAUUGACUACCACUCACUACACAAUGACACGGGGUCUCCGGUAGAUCUAACUGCCUACGUCAACAACAGCGAAUGGGAUCUAUUAUCAGUAACAUUGAAGAGAAAUAUUCGAACACACUCCUGUUGUGAAGAUCCACAUCCUGACAUCACAUAUGUUCUACAUAUCCGACGGAAGACUUUUUAUUAUAUUUUUAACAUCAUUGUUCCUUGUGUCAUGCUGUCUGCCUUGACUUUGUUAACGUUUUGGCUUCCGCCUACUUCAGGGGAAAAGAUAACUCUCGGGCUGUCGGUUUUCCUGGCUUUCUCCAUGUUUAUGUUACUGAUAGCCGAGGAAGUCCCAGCAACUUCAGAAUCUGUUCCAUUGAUAGGAAUAUACCUAUGUGUGGUGAUGACAAUGACGUCAUUGUCCGUGAUAAUGGCUGUGAUUGUAAUAAACCUCUACAACAGAGGACAUAAAACAAAGAGGGCACCAGCCUGGCUAAGACUCAUCUCUCUUGUAUGGUUGUCCAAGAUCAUGUUUCUCAAGCAUGACUUAAUCAAGUUUGCAAAAGACGUAAUUUUAGAAGAUGAGAAAAAAGGUGCCUAUGUCUGCAAGAAGCAUUCAUUUUCAACCAAGCAAAAGGAUGAUCUGUUAUACCAGGAAUUAGAAACUCUGUCUCUGGAAAAUCAAUUCAUUCGGAAUAGAAAGAAAGUUAGCAGGGCGGAAGAAGCCUCACCAGCAGCACGAGAUAAUGAAAACGAGGAAGAAAUGCAGCCACUGAAUGAAAAUCCUGACGAUACAAAUAGAUCGCAGAAAGACUGUGAAAAUUCUGAUUUGGAAGAGCCCAGAGACAAUAAUAACACAACCAAAGAUAAACCGCCAAAAGUGGCCUCAAGGUCAAGGACACCGGAAGUAUGUCGAACAUUUUCUUCGUUGUUUCAAAGGAAGUUAAUAGUGGCUGAAUGGCAGCAGAUUGCAUCUGUGAUUGACAGGGUUUUAUUUUGGUUUUAUUUCCUCAGUACUGUGGCAUCCUACAUUUUAAUUCUCGUGGUUGUGCCAAACUAUAAUUACAGAAAGUGGAACGAGGAACUAUGGCGAGAACAUAAUAAUUACCACUCCAUGUGAUUUCCUGUUUGUAGUUUUAAGUAUACUACUUGCAACUUGCAAUUGUUUUCAUAUUUUUGGUACAUUGUCAAUUUUUAUGGUAUAGAUCUGAAGGUUAAACGAAUUCUGAAAAACACAGCUGUUUCCAACGAAUGAAUUUAACUCUGAAAUAUAUGUAAGCGUCACUUAAAUACGACAUAUAUUAUACAGUGUAGAUAAACCAAUACGUAGAAUCAUUUUGAAAAUGAAAUAUAAAAUAUAUUGAG